AAACAUAGUGACUCGGAGGUCAAUGGACCCUUCCUAUGUUCAAUCCAUUUCUGCCAGUCCCUGAGGACCUAAAGGAAUCCCCUCUAAUGCAGAGCAUGCAAACACAUUACAUCCACGCAAGAUGAAAGAAGUAAUUAUACUCUCCCUACUGGGGAUUCUGGGAAUGGGAAGGUGCUCUAAAGAUGAAUUAGUGAAUGUAGCUCUGAGGGGCAAAGCAGCCCAAUCCUCCACAAUCUACGGAGGCCCUGCAAAAAGAGCCAUUGAUGGAAUAUGGAACCCGACUUACGAAGAUCACUCCUGCAGCCACACUUUGGGAGAGACCAACCCCUGGUGGAGGGUGGACCUGCUGGAGACUUACCAAGUCACCUCCGUCACCAUCACCAACAGAGAUACUUUAGCAGAGAGGAUCAACGGGGCUGAGAUCCGCAUUGGAAAUUCCCUGGAGAACGAUGGCAAUAGUAACCACAGGUGUGCGUUGAUAUCCUCCAUUCCCGCAGGGGGCUCCACCACAUUUCAAUGCCACGGGAUGCAGGGGCAAUACGUCAAUGUGUUCCUCAGAGGAUACAUGCAAUAUCUAACUCUGUGUGAGGUGGAGGUGAAUGCUCAUCCUGCUCCUAUUAAAAUGGGACCAACUCAAGCUUCAGAACUCAACUUAAUUGUUCCUGUUACAGACAAUGUUGCCUUAAAGAAAACUACUCGCCAAUCCUCCCAGUACUCCUACAUGGGGGGCUCUAACAAUGCCGUAGAUGGAAUACGCCUCUCCAUGUACAAAGACAAAUCAUGCAGCCGCACCAAGUCCCAAGUCAACCCAUGGUGGAGGGUGGACUUGCAGCGACCUUACAACGUCACCUCCAUAACAGUCACCAACAUUGAAGACGUUGAUCCAGAGAUGAUCGAUGGUGCUGAGAUCCACAUUGGAAACUCCCUGCAGAAUAAUGGCAACAGCAAUCCAUUGUGCGCUGUGAUCUCCUCAUAUCCCGCGUGGGAGGUCAUGACCUUUCAGUGCAGUGGGAUCGAGGGUCGCUAUGUGAACGUUUUCUUGCCGGGCUGCAAUAAACACCUGUCACUGUGUGAGGUGGAGGUGAAUGUGGGCAGCCGUCCAGAUGUGGACGAACAUCUUUCCUCUGACAGGAGCGUGCAAGAUAUGAAGAGAGGGCAAGACAUUCUAUGCCCAGACCAUAAGACUCGAUAUGAGAAUGCAGCCACUGGCGGGAUAGCCAGUCAGUCGUCGCAGUGGGACAAGUUUGGAGAUGCCAACAAUGCCAUUGACUUGAACUGGACCAACCAGUAUCUGAAGGGGUCCUGCAGCCACACAAAAGCAGAGGUCGACCCCUGGUGGCGGGUGGACCUGAGCAAGACCCACAACGUCACCUACGUCACCAUUACCAACAGAGGGGACUGCUGCUCAGACAGGAUCAGUGGAGCAGAGAUCCACGUUGGGGACUCACUGUUCAACAACGGCAAUAGCAACCCACUGUGUGCCAGGAUUCCAUACAUCCCUGCUGGGCAAAGCAGGACAUUUCCGUGCGGUGGUAUAUCGGGGCGCUAUGUCAACAUUCUCCUCCCAGGAAAAGAAAAGUACUUGACUUUGUGUGAGGUGGAAGUGCAAGCAAGCACCUUUCAGGCAGGCCUGCCUUCAACUGCCCCCGAGACAGCUGUUACAGCUCCAAACCUAAACCUGGCCUGGCUAUGGGAUCUUCUGAGAUCCCUCGGAAGGUCUGCUAUUCGGAAAGAAGAGACCUACAAUCAAAACAAUACAGACGAAGAAACAUUUGAUCAUGAGAAAAUAUCAUUUGAGACACAACAUCCAGUUGAUACAGUGCCUGAGAAUCUAGCCUCCGGUGGAAUAGCGGUCCAUUCCUCCCAGUACGACAGCCACGGUGCUGCCAGCAAUGCCAUCGACAGAAAGCGUAACCCACUGUACCAUGCUGGCUCCUGCAGCCACACGGAGGCAGAGACCAACCCCUGGUGGAGAGUGGACCUAUUGGACAUAUACCAAGUCACCUUUGUCACCAUCACCAACAGAGGGGACUGCUGUCUCCACAGGAUCAACGGGGCUGAGAUCCGCAUUGGAAACUCCCUGGAGAACAACGGCACGACCAAUCCACUGUGUGCUGUGAUCUCCGAGAUGGGAGAAGGGCAGCCAAUGGAUAUUCCAUGUAACAUGGAGGGACACUAUGUCACUAUCGUUCUCCCAGGCAGAGAGAAGUACCUGGCACUGUGUGAGGUAGAGGUGUACGGGGGAAAGUGAUGACCCUAACCAAUCCGAAAUGAUUCCUUUUACAGGAAAGUCCAAAUAAGGCCAACAUAGUUACCAUCUAACUGCAUAAUUACUACAGAAUCACUUAAUAUUUUGAGAAGUGUGGAGAAAGUCACUCACUAUUUCUUGUCAUAACCCAGUGGAACCUCAAAUUGUUUUCUUUGUUGAAGGCGGACGCCGUAUUAUAGCCAAAUUAUAAACAGUCACAUUUGUAUUCAGGUGUCUAUUCUAUUAAUAAAGGCUUGUUACUGUGCA